GUGACGUCACAUCCUAUUUGUGCUCUGGUGAGGAGCUGAAGGCCUGAAGCCUAAAAAAAACCUCCAAAGUAGAGUGAAAAACUGAAGUAAGAGUGUGGACGGCGUGGCGGAGUGCUGAGCUGCGGUAUUCGGUGUGUAUGUGUGUGUGUGUGUGUAUGUGUGUGUUACUGGGUGUGUGUUACUCUGAUCUGGCCUGCUGAUCCUUCAACUCUUUCUCCACCAAUUGCGCACACACUGUGACACGAACACACACUGAGACACACACAAACACAGCAUGAAUGAGACUAGCGUGGUCAGAGAAGGUUGGCUCCAAAAGAGAGGUGAAUACAUUAAGACAUGGAGGCCGCGAUAUUUCAUCCUAAAGAGCGAUGGGUCGUUUGUCGGUUAUAAGGAGAAACCUGAUGUGUCGGAGUCUAACCAGCCACCCCUCAACAACUUUUCUGUAGCAGAAUGCCAGCUAAUGAAGACCGAGCGUCCACGUCCCAACACCUUCGUUAUUCGCUGCCUUCAGUGGACGACGGUUAUUGAGAGGACGUUUCAUGUGGACAGUCCUUCUGAGAGGGAGGAGUGGAUCCGCGCCAUCCAGGCUGUAGCAAAUGGACUGAAGACACGAGAAGAGGAGGAGCCAAUGGACAUUAACUUCAGCUCAUCAGGAGACAGCAGCAUGGAGACACCUUCGGCGAAAUCACGCAACAAAGUGACAAUGAGCGAUUUUGACUACCUGAAGCUGCUGGGUAAGGGCACAUUUGGGAAGGUGAUUCUUGUCAGAGAGAAAGCAACAGGCGUGCAUUAUGCCAUGAAGAUUCUGAGGAAGGAGGUCAUCAUCGCCAAGGAUGAAGUGGCGCACACAGUCACAGAGAGCCGGGUGCUGCAGAACACCAGACACCCCUUCCUUACAACACUAAAGUAUGCGUUCCAAACUCAUGACCGUCUCUGCUUUGUCAUGGAGUACGCUAACGGAGGCGAGCUGUUUUUCCACCUGUCCCGCGAACGCGUUUUCACUGAAGAUCGAGCACAAUUUUACGGAGCUGAAAUUGUUUCUGCGCUUGAGUAUCUGCACUCUCGAGAUGUUGUCUACCGAGACCUGAAGCUGGAGAAUCUAAUGCUGGAUAAAGACGGACACAUUAAGAUCACAGACUUUGGAUUGUGUAAGGAGGGAAUUACCAAUGAAGCCACCAUGAAGACUUUCUGUGGAACUCCAGAGUACCUUGCUCCUGAGGUACUGGAGGAUAAUGAUUACGGACGGGCAGUCGACUGGUGGGGUCUGGGUGUGGUCAUGUAUGAAAUGAUGUGCGGUCGACUUCCAUUCUAUAAUCAGGAUCACGAGCGACUGUUUGAGCUCAUUCUUAUGGAGGAGAUCCGGUUUCCCCGGAACCUGUCACCUGAGGCCAAGAGCCUGCUUGCUGGACUGCUCAAGAAAGACCCGAAACAAAGGUUGGGAGGAAGUUUUGAAGAUGCCAAAGAAGUGAUGUCUCACAAGUUUUUCUCCUCCAUUAACUGGCAGGAUGUACUGCAGAAAAAGCUCACCCCGCCCUUUAAGCCUCAGGUGACGUCAGAGACUGAUACACGCUAUUUCGAUGAGGAGUUCACUCUGCAGACCAUCACCGUCACGCCGCCUGACCAGUAUGGUAGUCUGGAUACUGAGGACCCGGAUACACGCACACAUUUCCCUCAGUUCUCUUACUCUGCCAGUGUACGGGAGUGAUUGAGACCUGCACAGACACGCGCAUAUGCGUGCGCACACAAACCCCACAUGCAUAUACACACACACACAUACACUUACACGCCCACACCAGCAAGCCAGAUAUCAUUGCAACACAUGUCUACACUUAAAAACACCAGCAAAUUGGCCAUCAUGCAAACAACCAUUCAUACACACACACACACACACACACACACACACACACUGUUACCAGCAAACUGUAAAACACGCACACACACAAACACACACACACUCUCACCAGCGAAUCAAACACCACAGCAGCUUCCUCACUGAGAUCAGCAGUCUGUUGCGCAGUGAAGGCCUCAUUAAGCUGCACCUGAUCCAGAUUGGUCCUCCAGGCUGUCUGUUACACUACACACUGUUCACACCUUUUAAUAAAAUGAGUCCUCGACUCGUUGUGUUAAACACCUCAGAAACAACAUAUACUGUAUACACACACACACACACACUUGUAUGCACGUUUUAACCAAGUUUAAAAAGAAGUAGAGCUUCAGAUUGUUACAGUUUUUAAUACAGGAAAAAUGCACGCAUUGAAGCCAUCCUGCAGUGCAAGUGCCCUUUUUAUGCAUUCAGUUGUUACUGUGGUCUUUUAACAACAUGUACUGCUGAUAUAAUGUGUGUGUGUGUGUGUAUGUGUGUGUGGUGGUUUAGUGUGAAUGAUUAGGCGUGUGUGUGCUCUGAAUGUACAUCUUUGUGUUUGUGUUUUGAUUCGAUUUUGUACAGGACCCAUAAUGGGGAGGGGGAAGGGGGGGGAUGGGGUCGCUAUAUAUAUAUAUACGUGUGUGUGUGUGUAUGUGUAUAUAUAUAUAUAUAUAUAUAUAUAUAUAUAUGCACACACAUACAGAUACAGUAAAUGUUUAAAGGGAAAAGAGCAGCCGCAGCUCUGUGGCGAGUGUGUGUGUGUGUGGAGUGUGUCCACUUUCGACACCUGUAAGGCUCUGUCAUCACUGUGUAACCCAGGGGUCUGCUACAGAUGGCAGGAAUUCCACACAGUACAAGCACUGGGAAGAUGUAAUCUUAGUUUCAUUGCUUAGAGACACCAAAGGCCUCACUCGGCAGGUGUUGCAGAGGAAUUACUCAACUUUGCUAUGCAGGACUGCGCGUGACCACACCCCACAAGUGCAGCCGGCCUCUUGCUGUAAAACACCCAGUCACUAGCUGUACAAUUCUGCAGGCUUUGAUGUAAAGAGAUUUUUAUUAAAUGAGAAUUUGAAACGUCACUCUCCUUAGCUCUUUUCCUCGUCUCUCCGUGUUAUGCUGGUAAACGAUCUCAGUUAGGAUGAGAGCUGAUGGAGAGAGUGAGAUAAAAUAAGUUUUAUGUUUUGUUUUAUUUUGCAAACUUUUUGUUUCUUGAAAAGAGCAGAUGUGACCUUUUUAUGGUUCUUUUGUUCAUGAAAUCAUCCUGAUGAAAUAUAAAUAUAAUCUAUUCCACCA